GAGAGAGAGAGAGAGGGGGAGCGGGUAGAAGUGAGAGAUAGUUUGUAUGCUGAACGGCGUAUCUGUUUUAGUUUCAGCAGUAGCGCACACGGAAGACGGACCGGGUGUAAGUAAGCAGCCCCCUUUCUCCCGUCACGCAAAGGGCUUCACCAUCACAGACGCCUAAACAUGCCUUUCCCCUUCGGAAAAUCACAGAAGACUCCUGCCGAAAUUGUCAAGAGUUUAAAAGAGAAUGUGGCUGGAUUGGAAAAACUCGAGCCAACGGAAACCAAGAAAUGUGAAAAGGUGACUGAAGAGAUGUCAAAGAGCCUGGCCUCCCUGAAGGAGGUCCUGUACGGCACCAGUGACAAGGAGCCGCAGACUGAGGCCGUGGCACAGCUGGCUCAGGAGCUGUACAACACCAACCUGCUGAUCGCACUGAUAGCCAACCUGCAGAGGAUAGACUUCGAGGGCAAGAAGGACGUGGUCCAGAUUUUCAGUAACAUCCUGCGAAGACAGAUUGGCACCCGGACCCCGACUGUGGAGUACAUCUCCUCCCACACACAGAUACUCUUCAUGCUGCUGAAGGGGUACGAGAGUCCGGAGGUGGCUCUGAACUGCGGGAUGAUGCUGCGGGAGUGUCUUCGUCACGAGCCGCUGGCCCGCACCAUCCUCUUCUCGGAGCAGAUGUACAACUUCUUCAGAUACGUGGAGCUGUCCACCUUUGACAUCGCCUCGGACGCCUUCGCCUCCUUCAAGGACCUGCUGACCAGGCACAAGAUCAUGUGUGCGGACUUCUUGGAGACGAAUUAUGAUCGAGUGUUUACAGAGUAUGAGAAGCUGCUGCAUUCAGAAAAUUACGUGACCAAACGACAGUCUUUGAAGUUGCUGGGAGAGCUGCUGCUGGACCGACACAACUUCACAGUCAUGACCAAGUACAUCAGCCGGCCCGAGAACCUCAAGCUGAUGAUGAACAUGCUGAGAGACAACAGCCGCAACAUCCAGUUUGAGGCUUUCCACGUCUUCAAGGUGUUUGUUGCGAACCCCAACAAGACGCAGCCGGUGAUGGACAUCCUCCUGAAGAACCAGACCAAGCUGAUAGAGUUCCUCAGCAAGUUCCAGUCGGACCGUUCGGACGACGAGCAGUUCUGUGACGAGAAGAACUACCUGAUCAAACAGAUCCGGGACCUGAAGAGACCCCCCGCGCCACAGGAGGGCUAGCCCUGAUCACCCCCGCCCCCUCCUCAACCUGCCCCCGUCCCUGAGGAAACAAGCACAUCCGGGCCCCGGGGAGCCCCCAGCACUGCAGGGGACCUGGCUCUGCUCAACCUGUCCCUGCGAAAAUACAAUAACCCCUGGACCUGAGGAGACCACCAGGGCCACAGGAGGCCCCACUAACCCAGCGCCAGCACCCGAUCCAAAGAAAACACGCACGCACAGCCACCACCCUUGAGCACUGUAUCGCUGUCUUCAACUGCAGGCUCAAGAGAAAAUCCUAAAUCCUUAACCGUAACCUUGAGCAUAACCAAUAACUACAAAAUAUAGGGUGCCUAGGCUUAAAAAUAUAACAGUGAAACACAGCUGCAGGGGCGGUGUGUGCAUGCUGUAUGUGCAGCAGGUGAUUUGAAUUGUAGUAGUCUAUAUUUUUAUAGGAAGCUUAU